AUGAAGGUUCGGUUAAUCAUUGCCGUUCUCACGGUGAUUGCUCUCGGAAGUUUCGCUUCAAUCCUGGCAGAGGGCUCGAUGGUCAACACGCGGUACAGGGCCUCCCUGUGCCGCGACUGGAAAUUCAAGGAGGAGAACAGCCGGGACUGCAACGGCGUUGUCGUCUCUUUCCCGACCGUGGUUCUCAUCACCUCCAUCAUGUCCUUUGCUACUCUAGCCAGUCUCCUUUGGCUAGCACUCCACAUGGUUGCAGCCGACCUAACCAGAGGGGGCAGUGAUCUGUCAACGAUGCUGGUUAUCUAUUUAGUCAUCAAGGUUAUCUUCCUGGGGCUGCACGCCACAUUUAUUGCCAUGACCUGGCACUCGAAAGUUCCUACACGCCACGAAUUUGGGCUUAUCAUCCUGGCCAUUGAUGUAGUCAUGGUCCUGCUGGCCUCUUGCACCUGGGCAAAGGUUGUCCGCAUGCAGGAGCAGAUGCUUGAAACUGUCCGGACUCACAGAGCAGAAGUUCGAAGCGCAUGCAUGGAGAAGUUACCAACUGCUACCUUCCAAGAACUGCAAAGCUCUUCCAGGCUCCCAGAGAACUGCAUCAUUUGUCUCAGCGACUUUGAGCCAAACUGCAAAGUCACCCGACUUGCUUGUGGGCAUAUCUUCCAUGCUGCCUGCAUCAAGAACUGGCUUGUCGAUGCUGCUCACGACACAUGCCCUUAUCGCUGCCAUGAAGAUCCUUUGGACUUGGUGGAAGCAUCAGAAGAACCAGAUUCGAACAGAGUUGAGCCUUAG